AUGGCGACGGUGUCAUCGCUCGACGGCGACCUGCGGCGGCUGCGGCUGGACAAGUACACGCCGGCGGCGGCACGUGAAGCACGUGAAUGGGUAGAGAGCGUGCUGGGCGAGCCGCUGAGCGGGAGCGACCUGCUGGACGGCCUGCGCGACGGGGUGGCGCUGUGCCGGCUGGCGAACCUGGCCAUGUCAGGACCGGGAAUCCGGUUCAAGAAGUCGGCCAUGCCGUUUGUGCAGAUGGAGAACAUCUCGCACUUUCUGCGGGCAUGCCAGGCGCCACCGCUCAGCCUGCAGCAGCACGACGUCUUCCUGACCGUGGACCUGUACGAGGCCAAGGACCCGGCCCAGGUGCUGCAGUGUCUGAUGGCCUUUAGCCGGGCGGCGAACCGCGUGAACCCGACCGCGUUUCCGACCGCCAUGGGGCCGCGGCCGAGCGGCCGAGCAGCCGGCGGUGGUGGCAGCACGGUCGGCGGCAAUUCCGCUGCUGUCGGGGCCUAUACGGCCACGGCUGGCGGUUCGGGCGUGGGCGGGUCGGUCAUCAGUCCGUCGAACUCGGCCGGGCUCAACAAUGGCGGCGGACGGAGCCCGACAACACAGCCGAGCACGUGGAGCAAGCGGAACAUGGAGGGAGCGACGCCGACCGCUCCGGCCUGGAACAUUGCACAGUACGGCUACAUUGGCGGCGCCAGCCAGGGCAACCUGGGCAUCUCGUUUGGAGGUCGGCGACAGAUUACAAACUCGGAGCCCAAGGUGAUGAGCCUGGCCGAACGCGAACGGCUGCGGAAGGCGAAGGAGGCCGAGACGGAGACGCGACAGAAGGCGAAGGAGGCCGAGACGGAGAUGCGACAGAAGGCAAAAGAGGCCGAGGCGGAGACGCGACAACAAAAGGAGAAGGAGUCGGCAGCACAGGCAGCCAAGGCAGAGGAGAAGCGCAAGGCGGACGAGGAGCGGCGGCGAUGGGAGGAAGAGGAGAAGCAGUGGAAGCUGACGGAAGAGAAGCGACGCCGGGACGAGGCCGAGGCUGAAGCCCGUCUGGCCGAAGAGCGACAGCGGCUACGAAGCAGCGGGAAGGCGACAGGCGGCAUUGUGGCAGCAGCGAUGACGACGACGACGACGACAGCGACGACAGCAACAACCGCAGCAACAGCAACAACAGCAGUCGGUGGACGAGACGGCCGUCUACACGGACAGCUCCUGAGCCAGUACCAAGCCGAGCAGAACGGGACGAGCGGUGGAGGUGGAGGGAGCAAGCAGCCGCUGCGCCAACACGAGGACGAAGACAGCCGUGGCGGAUCAGCCUACAGCAACCGGGUGCGCGAGCUAGAACAGGAGCUGGAGCAGGCGCGACAGCGAGAGCAGGAAUACGAGCGCGAGCGACGAGGACGAGGGCCGACGGCGGCGGCGACCGGGCUCUCGGUAGACGAGGGCAAGGCGCGGUCUCGAAGCCGGGCGCGAUCGCGCAGCCAGGCACCCGGAACGGCCGGACAGCUCAAGAGUCCGGUGCCAAGCCGCCAGGAUUCAUGGUCGCGUCACGAGCCCGAGAUUUUGCGGACGCCUCGCAGUCGAAGUCGCCAUCGGUUUGCCGACCAGGAGCCGCAGCGUGUUGGUGGCGGCCUGGCCAGUCCGCUCAGCAGUCCACCGUUGGGGGCUAGCCGGCCAGGCAGCCAGCCGGUGAGCUCGCCGGCACAGCCGUUGUCGCCGCGACCGCUGCCGGAUCCACGAGCCAGCAGCCGCUUCGGCCAGCCACAAUCGCCACAGCCACAUCAGCCACAAUCACCACACCAGCCACAUCACGCCCCCGGCUUGGCCUCGCCCAUCUCGCCACAGCUGCCGCCACGCAGCCGUCCGCUGCCGAACCCGUCGGCCUACGCGGCGACGUCGUCGCCGGUCACGAAACCGGGACAGUCGCUGCUGGAACGCGAGAUGGAGCUGGAACGCCAGCGCCAGCGCGAAUGGGAGGAUGCUCAGCAGGCAACGGCAGCGGCAGCUGCCGGUCUCCAGCAGGCCACCGGCACCGGCACCGGCUCCAACAACAACAAUGUCGACGGCAUCGACGGCCGCUGGGACGUCAGCCAGUGGGGCGGCUUCACCGGCGGCGACAGCCAGAACCGCGGGGCACAGGGCAUCGGGGCUGGACGCCGACAGAUUGUCGGCCCGCGGCCGCUGCCGGGAUUGCCCGGGCAGCGGUGA